AUGUCAACAGAAACAGCUUCUUCAUCUUCGUCACCCAAUUCCCCCGUCAAGUCAACCAUGAUGUGUGGUCAAUUCUUGUUUUUGGAAUUUCUGAUAUUUUUUGUCAUAUUCUUAGUAGGUUUUGCAAGCAAUAUUUUGUUCAUUUUGCUGAGUUGUAAGACAGGAAAUAAUUCCAAAUCCUACAGCAAGAACUGCAAUGACUAUCUGCUUCACUGCUCCAUUGCAAACUUGAUCCUUAUGGUCAGAAUGCCCUUUGAUAUCAUCAGCUUCACAACAAAUGGAUCUUGGUUUUUUGGGGAGUAUUCCUGCAGCUUGCACUUUUUUGUCGAACGUGCGAUUUACAUUGCCAUAGCAACCCAUAUCAUGAAUAUGGCGCGCGAUGCUUAUACCCCAUUUGGGUUUCCUACCCAGCCCUCUUCCUGUACAACCAACUGGGUUAUGUCGUUGGUGUUUGCGUUCCCCUUGCUGUUCACCUCCCUAGUAAGGAUACCUGGGAGGUGCACACGCUGCACACUGAUAAACAACAGCUUGGGUCGAAUGCCAGUGUUUCAGUGGACUGAAUACCUGUACGUGGCCAUCUUGCCUGUGAUGACGGUUUGCUUUUACUGCAAUAAGUUUGGUGUGCACCCAGACUAUGAAGCCCUUGACAAAGCUGACCCAGAUGACCACAAUGGCCAAACCAAGAUGAAAUUGCGCAGGAUUUGCCUUACACUUGCUACGACCAUUUUUAUCUGUACCAGUCCAGCGCGGCUUACCGAGAUCGCGGGUGGAAACUUUGAAUUGUGGCCUGGAAGCCGGAUCAUUUUCUUCUUUAUUCCUCGGUUGCUGAUUUAUGGGCAGACCAUAAUAUUCAGUGUAGUGUGUGCCUUUUCCUUUCCAAGCUUCUACCAAGAGGCUAAGAUUGCAACAAAGAGAAUAUGCAGCUGCCGUAUCCACCGCCUCAUCCAGCAUAAGACCCUCACUGAACAGUGAAAUGAUAAUUCAUUCCCCUUUCGGCUCCUAUUUUGUUUCUUUUAACGUAACUUUGGGUAACUGUAUAAAAGAGUACUUCGCAGCCCUCAAAUGACUCCUUUAACGGGGAUUUGUGUUUACAGUUCUGUCUCCAUUCGCAUAAGCGCCUUAUAUCCACCUGUAAGAGUUACAGGAAUGUUAUUUCUAAAAAUCAAAAUUAAAGGCCAUGGUUAUCUA